AUGCAAUCACUCGAUACCCUCCCGCCGGAGAUCCUCCUAUACAUAGCACGAUUCACCGGGAGUGAUUAUCUUCGUGCUCACGUUGAUAGACUCCUCGUUGCACAGUUCGUGGCUUUUGAGAACCUCGCGCUAUCGACCGAAUCCCUCCAACGCUUCCUAGCCGCCCCAAAACGGUCUCAUCUCCGCGUUUUAGCAAGUGUUAGAACGUUAUCAAUUGAGGGCAGGAACUACGACGAUUAUAACUCCCCCAUCGACGCAGCGACCGAUCCCGAUCCUCUGGUACUAGAAUCCGAGGCUGAAAAUGACCAUCACCGCGCACAGAUAGAAGCUUGGAGAAUGAUGGGGCUGAUAGGAAACUGCGUGUUUCUCGACCUCCAAACCUGCGGAAGCUUGGUGUCCUUGGCUGGAUAUCUUCGUCAUAUGGCCGAGCUCAAAGCCUUCCGACUCAAAGUAUCCAUGAAGUCGCCAUUGAAUGAGUGGGUCGAUAAACUGCUCACCCCAGCCAUAGUAUCCGUCAUCAAUUCCCUUCCCAGGUCCAUCACCAGCCUUACGAUAGACAAUCCGUGGGAACAGUCCGGUUUUAGACACGGCCCAGAUGACUACCAUCAAAUCUGCUGUCUGGUAUUGUCCCCAGAUUUUUUACCUUCCCUGCGUCAUCUGCGACUUCGCCUGCGUAGUAUUUGCCCAAGGAUCUUCGAGAUGAACGAUUCUGCAAAGCACCCCUACCUUGAAACGUUCAUUAUAAACCUCAGCCGCAAGGAGCCAGCACUGCAUCAGGCUGAAGGUCAACAAUCAGAGUGCUGUCUUGAGUUUGGUACUAUAAAAAGAACACCUUUCCCCGAAUUGUUGGAUGCUGCAGAAGCUACCAUGGUUCGCCUGCCUGCUAUAAGAACUUUUAGAAUUCUUCGCUGUAUAUUCCCAAUGUUGCAAGUUGCUGCUCAUGACAUCCUUACGAACAGACAGGCUCUGUUACCGGAGAAUGCUCGUUGGAACGAUCUAGAUUGGAUUGGUGAUGAGUUCACAGAUAUCGAUGUUCAUGAUCAGUCAGACGUGGAUUUGUUUGAUGAUUCGGACUUUGAUGCUCCUUGGAUCAGUCUAGAGGCUGAAACUGCUCUGUAA